UGCUGAGGACUGUCCCCCACCCCUCCAUUCUCUCCCUCCCCGUCUGUGCCUGCCUGCUGCUCCCCGUCUCCAAGCUGAAAGAGAGCCAGUGACCUUCAACCACACCCACAGGCAACCAAAAUAAGAAAGAAGGAGAGAGGGGGAGAGGACAGGACUGGUGAGAGGAGAGAGAGAGGCAGCACUGAAGAGAGAAAUGAAGAGAAGAAGAAAAAAAAACAUCACAGUUCUCAGGGCAUGGAAAAUCUCUCCCUCUGAAAGUCAGUGGAGCGCAUAGCUGGCUGUGACAAGAACGAUGAGCCUUCUUUCCCCUUUCCUGGUCUGAUUAAGGCUCUCACUAUGAGAUGACCCUCAACACUCCAGCUGGUGUGGGAGAGAGAGAAAAUGAAAGAGACCCUGGAUCUAGAUAGCCUGCUGAGAAGGUGGUGAUUGAGUCAUUGAGAUGACCAGAAUACUCUCUCCUCACACCUUAAGGUGCUGUGGAAGCUUGACCUUUUCAAAAUGAUACUAUGAGGUCCCCGAAAACUCAAGCUGGAGUAACUCAAAAACCCAUCUAUUCUUAAUUUGUUAACGAAAUUGUUGCAUGGUUACAACAAAUCAAGAAAAUAAUUAAGGAGGGAUUCAAAACAUCAGAUAGAAAGUAUAAUUAAAGUUGCAACAUCUGCGUUCUGAGAUGUGUCCACAGGCUAAAGGCAUCUCGCGCUCUAUUUGUCGCCAUGCUCUUUUACCCAGCAGGGCAGGAGCCAAGGCAACGAACUGUAGACUACUUCCAUACAUUACGGAAAAUUAUGCAAAUUUUCAUUUCACUAAGUGGCAUCAAGAUGGUUAUCGUAUAACAAAUGGACAUAACCGUCAACUGCUCAAUAUUCUAACACACUGCCUACUAAAGUUAUACAGCUGAUGUUAAAAGGAGGAGGCGGCAAGGGGCGACACAGUGGGUGGGAGGGGGGAGAGAGUAAGAAGAGGGGGAGAGUCGAAGGCACGUAACCUGCCUACAAAUGAACACCGCAAUCAUAAAGUCGCGACUUUCUUCGUAAUCCAACACUCGUCGUACCGUAACGUUGGUAUAGAGCUUCGGUUUUUCAGACGACUCGUCUUCUUGUCAGGAUAUUGCGGGUUUUUCCUUAAUGAUUCCGCGUCAAGCAUCAGUCCACUUCUGACCACUUCGACACCUCACAGCGAGAGACCGGCCAACAAGCGCCGCACGCCUCCAUCGCGAGUCAUUGGAUAUCCGGCUUCCAGACCGAGAGCGAGGUGUCAAAUACAAGACGGACGUAGCAGCAGAUGGCACAUGCUCCGUAUACGAUCCUGCAGGGCUCGAGCUUCACUGACAGAUCCAGUGGAUAUGAAAAAAAGCUACCUUGUGUAGAUCUGAACUUGCUUUAUUCAGUUAAACUCGAAUGUGAAGUGGCGAAGGCUUGACUUCUUAUAAGAUUGGUAAUAACCAAAUUAUGACUUUAAAUGGAAGUAGUAGAAGGAAAAUAUAACUAAAUUCAACAAAUUUAGUUAUGAAUUAGUGCCAAUUCUAUUUUUAGAAUUUAGAUAUAUAUAAUUACAAACAGUGUAUCUGGACUUCGAUGAAAAUCUGAGCGCUGGACUUAGACUUGAAUACGUGGUUUUCAACCAAGCCAAGAGGAGCGGCAAGAACAAGAACGCAUGCUUCGGGCAUGGUGCCCACGCCCCAGGUGUGCGUAUCAACCCUGGUCACGGUCAGCACCAUGGCAGUGGUCGACCUCUACCUACUGGAGCAGAGCAUGCUGGGAGCUCGUGGUGGGGUUCCGGGACCCGGCAUCUGGCAGUGCGUUGCCGUGUUGCUAGGCGACCUGUGCUUCCUUCUGGCACUGCGUUUCGUGUCGGCGGGCGUAGUGUCAGAGGCACAAUCCCCUCGCCGUGGCUUCGCCAACACUCUCUGGUUCCUCUUCCUGUCCCUGCUGCAGCUCAAGCUCUUCUUCGUGUGUCAGAACUACCGGCAGGAACGCCGUCCACCUGACCCGCUGGCCAGGAAGACUCUGACCCUGCUGCUGUCUAUCUGCCUGCCCUCGCUCUUCCUCAUCCUGACGGGGGCCGACAACAUGACGCCGCUGCGCAGGAAGCAGGAGGUGCGCGGGCGGUUGCUCUGGGUGGUGGUGGACCUGCUAGAUGUGCUGGACCUGCAGGCGGGCCUGUGGGAGGCCCACGUUGGGACUGGAGGGCCUGGGGCGGGUGAGCUGGGCCUACCCCUGUGGGCUGAGGGCCUGGUGUUCUUCUACUGCUACGCCCUGCUGCUGCUGCUGCCCUGCGUGGCCCUCACAGAGCUGGGGGCAGCCACCCUGCCUGGCCAGAGGGGGCCCCGCAAGGAAGCUCUGUACCCCUGGCUCAGCCUGGUCACCAUCAACGUGUUCACGCUGGGCCUGAGGGGCACGGGCAUGCUGUGGUACAGGGACCCACGCGUCUCCACCGUCUUCCUGGGGAAGAACCUGCUGGCCCUGGCUAUGAAACUCACCUCUGCCUGGGAGAGGCGCAAGCUGGACCGUGGGGGCGCUCGAGGGCCAGGGGCCAGGGCUGGGACAGAGGCAGGGGACACAACCCUGCCAAGCCAGAACUCAGAGCAGCAGGGAGAGGCCCAGGCCCAGGGGAAGACUUCCUCCGGGCCUCCCUCCCGCUACCACACACUGUCACGCUCCCACAGCCACGCCCACUCCACCGUCAGCUUGGAUCAUACAGAUGCCCCACUGGGCCCCUCCUUCAUCUCUCAUGAACUCUAGAGACUCUUCAGUAGUAAAAGCUACUACAGACUCUUGGACACACACACACACACACAUUAACACAUUGUACACACAACCCUUGCUGUUUGGACAAGCCAGCGCAGUAACUCAUCUCAUUAAACUUGGAUCACUUUGGUUAAAGGGAUGAUUUAUCCAGCCAGGGGGGUGCUGGCAAGCCUUAGGCUUUUGGUGUCUGAGGGGGAGGAGAGAGAGAGAGAGGGAGGGAGGGCCUCGGGGUAGAUGUACAGUCAAGUGCCUUCCUUUCCAAGGAGCUCCUAUUCUCAGCACUGGCGUUGGUACACUAUCUUGUGUGCCAUUUGAGCAUAUGCUGUAUGUACACCAUUACGCUACUUCACAGCUGUUGUCGGUGUCGGCUGCACUUCCAGAACAGCCUCCAAUAAACUGUAAUAAAACGUUUCACACUCCUCCUGCUCUGGUGUGUACCGUGGGAGUGGUAUUGGCAGGCUGUCACCUCCAACACGGAUGGAACAUGAUCAGAGAUCACUCCCGACUGGGCGGGGGCGGGGCUGUGGGGAACGGGCUCGGGGAACAUCGUCCACAAAAACGUUCCAAACAUCCACUGUACCAAAGCUAAUGCUAAGGCCCUCCUUACAUAACUUCACCAAAACCGAGUGUUUUGUAUGUCAGACAGUAAGGGUGAGAGCUGGGGCUAGUGGAGGGAAUCACAGCUCUGGACACAUCUGAGGCGACGGGCCGUGUUAAGUCUGCACAUGGAUGACACGCAGAGGAAGAGCCGUCAUUUUUCACAAUUACACCAGCACCAUCAGCUCUGAUAGGCUGGCGGUAAUCCCUCAGCUGGCUGUCUGCUUGUCUGCCUUUAAUGUUGAAAGAGAAGAGUCGAAAGAUGUGAUAGGGCGUGUGUGUGUGUGUGUGUGUGUGUGUGUGUGUGGGAGAGAGCAGGAGGGAGAAGGAGGGUGUGGGAGAGACAAAAAUCAAGUUUGUGUGUGUGUAUGUGAGAGAAAAACCACAUGCACUU